CGUAGAAGUUGGCUUGGCUCUGCUCGGCCGAGUCAGUCUGCCGAGGCCCUGCCAUCCUGUCAGUAUUGCAAGUGGAGUGGCGGGAAGAGGUUGUCUGAUUCAGUGUUCCCACGCGUGUACAACGUAUUUCAUCAUCAAAUCUCUUUAUUCAAUAGUUUCUUUAUUUCGUUCACAAACCUAGCACAUACAUCAUAAACAAAUAACUGCGGAUUACGCAUUUUCUUUGGCUAAACAUGAACUGGUUAAAUAAUUCGGGAAAAAAGGUUUUUGAUUAUCUAUAAACGUGCUUGUGAAAGCUCACUCGAAAAUGUGCGAUACGGACGGAGGCUUGCUCUUAAACGGCUCCCCUCUUCCAUUGCCGGUGUGAUUCCAACUAAAAUUAAAACAAGGACGCACGCUCCCGAGGAAUAGAUGCAGAUUGACCUGGCCCCACCCAUCUCGACAAUAUGAAGAAUGAAAAUGUCCUCAAAACACCACAGUUGCUGACACGGUCUAAAAAAAGAACAGACGAUGAAACUCCAGUCCAGGAGAAAGAAGAUGAAGGACCCAAAUCUCUUCGCAUUCACAGCUUCAGCCAUAGAGACGCAUUCGGCUGGGGCUUCCCAAAGGUCGAAGACUAUGAUGGCAGAAAGAAGAACGUGAUUGACCUGAAUUGGCUCAAUGAUUAUAACGAUGAGAUCGACAAGUUGCAAGUUGUAAUCAAGAAGGAGAGAUCGCUGUCCUUUAACAGUCAGUGCGAGAACUUGCUGGAGCACAGACCUUCUUCCAGAAAUGCGGGAAGCGAACUGGAAGAAUCUCUUGACUCGACGCAUUCCUUUGAAAUUGAACUUCCAAAUGCACUUGAGCGACAAGGGCAGCAGAAGGGGUUGGUGAAAUCUGACAGUUUACUCUUGCAAGUAAACAAUAACAACAACAAUGAAGAGUUAUUGUCUUCCACACCCUCGGCUGAUGCCUUCUGUAGCAUUCGAAGCUGCCCUUCCAGGGACAGUGGGAUAUCUGCUACAGAUGAUAUAUCAGACACCCUGCCAGAAAUCCAUAUAGACCGCUCCAUACUGGCAGAACUAGAAGGAAUAAGUGAAGAUGAACAACUUGAAUCAACAGAUACCAUUGGGGCGCUUUCAGUUAAGGGUAAGGUGUCAGAUGAACAAAGCAGUGAAUCGGGCGAUCUUACUGAAGGGUUAAUAGGGAACGUGCAGCGGAAAUGUCCUGUAUGGUAUAAGAAAUUUAGCAUUGGUCACAAUGAUCUCAUUUUGAAUUUUGAUUCACUGAACUGGGGGUUGGAACAUGAAUGUGAAGACGAGACAGGUAGUAUGGCACUUGUGAAAGAUGAACAAUAUGACAGCCUAAUAUCUAGAAGUGACAAAGAAAGUAAUGCAGAUGACAGUGUAGAUGAAGUGGAGUGUGUGGAUGAGAGGCGAAGGCAAAGAAUCAAGGACCUGUGGAGCAUUUGUGACAGACUGGAAGCGUCCUCCCUCCGUGGUGGGAGAUCCCUCAAGGGACUUUCAGAAAUCAUGGAAUUGGUAGCUUCCUUCAGUAAGAUAGACAGCCGCCUGGAAAUCCUCAAGUGUGACCUACAAAGCCUGUCACGCCAGGCCACAGACAAUCGCCAUGAAUUCAACAGCCUGCAGAAGAGAGCAUCAAAUCUGCUGGCCUCAACAGAGUCUUCCAGACAUCAUAUGGCACAACUGUUUUGCCUGGAAAGGCUGGAGGAGCGCUUACAAGAGGAAUGGUGGGGUGCUCACUACCCGGAUCUGGUUAAACUGAACGAAAGCUAUAUAGUGUGAUGUGAUAUAUGCCAAAGUAGCUUAAGUUGAUGAAAUUAUUCCUAUUUCUUUUUUCUACUGAAGUCCUGGGGGAUAGCAAAUCACAGACAGUAUUCUUUUAAUGCUAUCUCCAGUUAUGAUUUAUACUUUAUUUCAGAAAGGUGCUUUCAUUUAUUAAAGAGCUUAUGAUGAAUAGCUUGUAGAGGACAUAAUUACCAAUAUUGUGCUGGUGCUAAAUCUAUAUGUAUUUUUGCUUAUGAAAAAUACAGUUCAUUCAUAUUUCUCUUUGAUUGAAAUGUUGUACAUAGAGAUUGUCCAUUUUAAAUUAUAUGGUAUUUUGGAAUA